CUGUGGCGAAGCUUCCUUCCCAGUAGCCACGAUAGUUUGUAAUGCUUUAUUAAAAGCCUGCUCAUCUUCAGUACUCCACCGACAGCGUUUUUUGGGUGGUGGCGGACCAGACUUCUCUUCUUCGUUAACAGCUGCCUCAUUGGUGCCGCUGCCAUGCCUUAAUUCUUUACCAAUAUUGCUUUUGUAAAUGAAGGUCUGUAGUUGCGUCUUGGUAACAUUGGCAAAUCGCGAGUCGUUCCUCAAGCUUUCUGUUAAGUGCUUGGCAGUAAGUCUUCCAUUGUCUACAGCUAUACGUUCUGCAGCUUGUUGCAACGCAAGCAGUUGGUCAUCAGUCCAGCGGCGUUUGCCCAUGCUGCUUCAUAGCAAGGGCCAUUCAUAUAUGAAGGAGGUCCUUUUGAGUGAGGGUGCGUGAAUGAGUCGAAAAAACUCAAUAUGCGUUCACAUUGGUCGGGCGUACAGUGAGAGUCGAAAUGCCGCGACCGCGACCGAACACGGGCAGCAAGGCAGGAAGCUAGCCAAUUGGCAGUGGCGCAGCGCUUGGUCUCCUUAACAUGCAGCCACCUGGAGCGUACCUAGAGGCAAGCUGCAGUUGGGAAUGGAAUAGGCAGCGUAUGAAAGGGGCCCAUUAUCAUGUUUCCUUGUUCCUUUCUCCAAGCGUGGGGCGCCAGGCCGUGUUGAUCCUGCGAGGCACGUACGCCGGCCAACUCGGUGUCGUCGACGCGGGGUAUAUGGGGGGUCCCAAAGCCAGGCUCCGCCCUAUCGAUGCAGAAGGGCGAGAAAACCGGGCAGUGAACAUUGACGCCGUCAAUGUACACGCUCUAGCUGAUGCUGAGCUCGCCUUCCGCUCCUUCGAGUCGCCUCAGCGAGAUGCCCUUCGGCCGUUCCUCGCUCCUGACCAAUCCCAAGGCCCCAGCACGGUGCAGUGGUCUCUGCCAGAGAAGGAGCUUGGUUCGCAUGUAGCGGCUAGUGAUACCGUCGGUGGCGUGCCACAACAAGCAGCGGCAGCGCCUUCCUGCAACAAGGUGUACCGUGUACCGCGCUCUCUGCUGGAAAGCUUCCUUUUGUGGCUCCAAGUAGAGCAGCGUGUGGACUAUGCAUUGGAGCGCCAUCAGAGUGGUGGAAGCAGCAACGCACUGGCGUUCAUGUUCAGCGGCAAGCCCUACCCGCCGCCACUUCCCAGACAGCGUAAGCUCGCGUCAUUUAAGCUCGUCUGUAGCCGGGGAGCAAGUAGAGGACAGGGUAUACGGCGUACUCUGCGGGUGGGCUGCCCUCACAGCCUGCUGCUCUCCAUCUUCAUAACCGAUCCUGACAUCGUGGUGGUAGAGGAGAAGGCGGCGCAUGCGUAUCACAGCUUUGAUGACCAGCAGUACCUGCGCCUGGUCCCUGAAGUGGUGGCGGCCAUCGAGACGUACGCGGUUAAGCAGUCCCUACCACCGUCGGAGGUGCAGCAGCUUGUAUCCGACAACAUUGAGGAGUACGCCAGGCCGUACGUGACUGCGGGCUGUCUAUCUGUGGAGGCAGCCGUACGUCAAGAUUGAGAGCAUUGACAUGACUGCAGCGAGUGAGGGGGAGGGCGAGGGAGAGGACGAGGGCGAGGGUGUGGGCGCGGGGGAGUGCGAGGAGGGAGAGGGACGCUUGGAGCUGUGAGCGAAUAUUCGGGGGUGUGGGAGAUGCGUGGAUAUGCAAUGUGUGGUUAAAUGUGUGGAUACGCAAUCGUGGUGUGUCAAUGUCGUAUAGUGGACCAGUUCAACAGGCAAGGGACAAGUACCAAGGUGUUUGUUUCGUCUUCGUCUUGUUGUGUUGUGCUAUGGUUGAAACCUGUGGCAUGUGAAGCGAGCGCGCGCUUGGAUGGACAAGACAACGGUGACAGGAUGUAAGGUUCAUGGGUUUGCUGUGUCGGCUGGCUCCGGCAUUUGCUGUUGCUAUUCCGUGUGCUCGCAUAUGCCGAACGCAGCUCGUUCGCUUCUACGAUACUCGGUAUGGCAUGCAAGCAUCGCGACGAGUGUAACGAUUUCGACGUUUGAGGAAGACAAUGGCUUGGUUUCAAACUACAUACAGGACGCAUAAGGAUUGUACCUAUGAGUUUGGUAAGUAAGCAGGUUUCAGCGAGUCAUAAAGGCUCUAACGGUCGGCCUGAAUGUGUUGGACGUAAUUGCAAAAACGGAUUCCUAUUAGGUUUCUUAAAGGUAAUAUCAUUUUACAAGUCUAG